ACUAGUAUUAUGUUUUUUUUUUAUUAUACAAUAGAUUUUUUUUUAAAUUUUGAAAUUGCUCCUUGGAAAUCAAUGUCUAAUAUUGAAAGCUUUAUCCAGUAAUAAAGGGAUAAAAAUGGUCAGAGAGCCAAACUAAAUUUUUGAUUGACAACAUUCAUGCACUGCUUUUACAACCCUUUAUGCUUAGUUUUGAUUUUAUUUGAUUUAUUUCAUAUCAAAAGCAAUUGUAAAGCAAACAGAGAGGCAAAAUUCAAAAGUUAUCCCAGAAAUUAUAACAUGAUUUAUUUCCAGAAUCAUCCCAUUUUAUUAUUAAUAUUACAGACAACCAGCUUGAUACCAACAAAAAUUUUUCCAACUGAAGAUGGUUUGCUGCAUACUGCUUUUUUAAUUUUUUUUUUUUUUUUCGAGGUGGCAAUAAAACUGUUGUUGAGCUGCAGAUGGCCUAUGCCCACUUCUGAUUUAGUAUAAAUCCACCAUUAAAACUUUAUGUGAGCUGAUUUUGUCCUGGUCAAUGUAAUGUGAUAGACAGCAGUCAAUUUUAGUCAUUUGAUUCUGUAUUAAAUUGUUUUUAAUUCAUUUGUAGAUUCUUCAAUGCCAGCAGCAGGUUCCAGCGAUGCUGAAACAGCGCCACCAGAUGAACGUCUUGGUUAUCUUGAAGAGAAGCACCUGCUUCGUAUCGCCCAGGGCAUGGGAAUGGAGUGGAAACAACUGGGCGUCAGAUUGGGUCUCAGUUGGAAGAGGAUCCAACAAAUAUGGAGUGAUAAGAGACAAUUGCCAGAGAGCAUAAUGGAUAUGCUGACAGAAUGGAGGAAACAACAGAACUAUGAGACAAAUCAAGUUGAGAUAAUGUGCAGAGCUUUGAAGGAACAAGGACUCACAGAGCUUGCUAACAAAAUCUUUGGCUCUCAAAUGUCAGAGGUUAAAGAAGCCAAUGUAAAUGCAGGUGAAGAUACCAGUAGAAGAUUACCCACAACACACCAUGAAUACGAUGCAUCCCUUGAUGACCAAGACCUGCUGUUCAUCUGUGAAGAUCUGGGCUCUGAUUGGAGGAGGCUAGGAGUGCGACUUGGACUUGGGUGGAACAAGAUUAAUGUCAUAGCAGACAACAACACACUGAAAGAUGCCGUCAUGGAAACCCUGGUGACUUGGAGAGAUGGCCAAUCAACAAACCAAAUGCCAAUCAUGCUCAGCGCAUUGAGAGAACAGAGACUUGUACAAGUUGCGGAACGAUUGUGUGAAAGGCGUGGCUACACAGACGACCUCGAAGCUGCUGCAAAUCCACCUCAAGUUUCAACGCAACAUAGAAUAGUACGAGGGUACAUUCCAGAUGCUGUUCUAUUAUUUGUAGCUGAGAUGAUGGGUAGAGGUUGGAAAGCUGUUGCUAGGAGUCUUGGAAUAACAGAAGCAGAAAUUGACGACGUAGAUACAAAGUUUCAGAGACAGAUUGUGGAAGCCACUUUAGAAAUGCUUGUCCGAUGGAGGAACAGACAAGAAAGCAAUGUAAAUCAACUCACAACAUUGAAGGCAGCAUUGAUUGAAAAUGAUAACAAGAUUGUUGCUGAUAAAUUAGACGCACACUGCCAACAUACAUAAAGAACUUGAAUCAAUGAAUUUGUGAUACAGGUACCUAUCAUGUAUGGACUAAACAGAGGUUGUGGCACGAACUAUGUAAUAUUGUGAAAAUAAUAGAGAAACAUUUACCAAAUACCAGAUAGUACUAUUGUGUAAAUUAACAAAAAUCUGCAUCUGCAUGUUCCAUUUGAAGUCAUGUUUUCUUGACACGACAAACAACAAUGCAGAAUAUCUGAGUCAUAUCCAUGUUUUAUGAAUUCCUAUCAAAACGAA